AUGGCGAGCGUUCAGCAAGGCGAGAAGCAGCUUUUUGAGAAGUUCUGGCGAGGAACCUUUAAAGCUGUGGCCACCCCGCGUCCCGAGAGCAUCAUUGUCGCCAGUAUCACGGCCCGCAAGCCGCUGCCAAGGACAGAACCCCAGAGCAGCCCUGUGGUUCCAGCUCAGGAUGGACCCUCAGAAAAGCUGAGCAAGCAUCUGGCCACCGAGGCCUUGGGCACCAACAGCUGGGAGAGAGACAAGGCCUGCCGGGAGCUCAGUCCUGCCAGAGCAUGCAGUGCCUCCUGUGACAAAGACCUGACGCCACCAACUUCCUCCAGGGGGAAGAAGAAAAAGAAGAAAUCCACCCGGAAGAAGAGAAGGAGGUCCCCAUCAUACAGUCCAUCGCCUGUCAAGAAAAAGAAGAAGAAAGGUUCCAAGAAACAUAAGCGACACAGGUCAUUCUCCAAGAAGAGAAGGCACAGCUCCUCCAGCCCAAAAAGCAAAAGAAGGGACGAGAAGAGGCACAAAAAACAGCACCGCGGCAGGUCCCCCGAGGAAGGGCGGAAGUCCCGCCGAAGGCACUCCCGCCGCUGCUCCAAGACCCUCGGCAAGGCCAGCCCCGAGGCCCGCUCCAGCCACCCGCCCAGCCAGCCCCUCCAGAUGCUCAGCCUCCUGUCGGCCAGGGGUGUAAUCACUGGGUCGGGGUCUGCAGCUGACCUCUUUACCAAAACAGCCAGCCCGCUCACCACCUCCCGAGGACGCUCCCAGGAGUAUGACUCAGGCAAUGACACCUCCUCGCCACCCUCCACGCAAAUCAGCUCAGCCAGGUCACGGGGUCAAGAGAAGGGCAGCCCCGGUGGGGGCCUAAACAAGAGCCGGGAACUCAACUGUGGAAACACCUCUGAUUCAGGGAACUCCUUCACCACCUCCUCACCCCAGAACAAGGGGGCCACUUUGGAGAAUCUCUCCCCCACCAGCAGGGGCAGAGAGUCAAGAGGAUUUCAGUCGCCAUGUCUGGAAUGCGCGGAGGUGAAGAAAUCCGGUUUGGUCCCAGCCACAGCCCGGAGCUCCCCCAUGAGAGGAUGCUCCCGCAGCCCCUCCUAUGCCAGCACCCGCUCUUCCAGUCACUCCUCCCGAUCCCCAAACCCCAGGGCCUCCCCCAGGUACACCCGAAGCCGAUCCACCUCCUCCGGGAAAAGGUCCUACUCUCGCUCUUCCAGCUAUUCCUCCAAGUCUGGCAAGAGGAGUCCCCCCAGCAGAAACUCUCGAUCGCGCCGCAGCCCCAGCUAUUCGCGGUACAGCCCGAGCAGGGAGCGGGACCCCAAGUACAACGAGAAGGACUCGCAACAGCGGGAGCGCGAGCGAGCGCGUCGGAGACGGCGGUCCUACUCGCCCAUGCGGAAGCGCCGGAGAGACUCCCCGAGCCACCUGGAGGCGCGGAGGAUAACCAGUGCCCGGAAGCGCCCCAUCCCCUACUACCGGCCCAGCCCGUCUUCAUCCAGCAGCCUCAGCAGCACCUCCUCCUGGUACAGCGGCAGCAGCGGCCGCUCUGCCAGCCGCAGCUAUUCCCGCAGCCGCAGCCGCAGCCGGAGCCGCAGCCGCAGCCGCAGUCGGAGCCGCAGCCGCAGCCGGAGCCGCAGCCGCAGCCGGAGCCGCACCCGGAGCAGGACCCGCACUAGCAGCAGCUCGGGCUCCCGCAGCCCCAGCCUGGGCUCCCGGAGCCGCAGCCGGAGCUACAGCUCAGCAGACAGCUACUCCAGCACGAGGCGCUAA